UCCAAAUAUCUCUUUGAUACUUGGAGUACCGAUAUAGAAAAAGGUUUUUAAAAAAAUGGGAAGCUUGAGUACGAUUCUAAGACACCCAGAUGAAAUAUAUCCACUCUUGAAGUUGAAGCUUGCGAUUACGAAAGCUCAGAAACAGAUCCCACUUGAUCCACACUUGACUUUCUGUUACUCAACUCUCAACAAAGUUUCUAAAACGUUUUCUCUUAUUAUUCAGCAACUAGGCACCGAGCUACGUGACGCUGUGUGUCUGUUCUACUUGAUUCUCCGAGCUCUUGAUACUGUUGAGGAUGACACAAGCAUUCCAACUGAGAUCAAGGUUCCAAUUCUUAUAGCUUUCCACCGCCACAUAUACGAUCGUGACUGGCAUUUUGUAUGUGGUGAGGAAAAGUACAAGGUUCUAAUGGAGCAAUUUCAUCAUGUGUCUGCAGCAUUUCUGGAGCUUGAAAAAGGAUAUCAAGAGAUUAUUGAAGAUAUAACUAAAAGAAUGGGUGCAGGAAUGGCCAAAUUCAUUUCCAAGGAGGUAGAAACGGUUGAUGAUUAUGAUGAAUACUGUCAUUAUGCUGCUGGACUUGUGGGUUUGGGUAUGUCUAAACUUCUCCUCUCUUCAGAACUAGAAACAGUAACUCCAAACUGGGAGCAGCUUUCCAAUUCUACAGGUUUAUUUUUGCAGAAAACAAACAUCAUCAAAGAUUACCUUGAGGACGUUAAUGAAAUACCAAAACCACGCAUGUUUUGGCCUCGUGAGAUUUGGGGAAAAUAUGUUGACAAACUCGAGGACUUGAAAGAUGAGGACAAAUCAACAAAAGCAGUGCAGUGUUUGAAUGAUAUGAUCACUAACGCAUUGAUUCAUGUUGAAGAUUGUUUGAAAUCUAUGGCUGCAUUGCGUGAUCCUGCAAUAUUACACUCUUGUUCCAUCCCUCUGAUUGUGGCGAUUGGAACACUUGCAUUAUGCUAUAACAAUAUACAAGUAUUUAGAGGUUCCUUGAAACUGAGGCAAGGCCUAAUUGCUAAGGUAUUUGAUCGCACAAAGACAAUGGAUGAUGUCUGUGGUGCAUUCUAUGAUUUUUCUUGCAUGCUAGAAACAAAGGUUGACAAGAAGGAUCCAAAUGCCAUGAAAACAUUAAACCGACUCGAGACCAUCAAGAAAGUAUGCAGAGAAUAUGGAGGAGACAUUCACCAGAGAAAAUCUUAUGUAAACGAUGAAAUACAAUCAAAUGCUCUCUUUAAACUGCAGACUGUAGUGGUUGUGCCUCUACUGGCCACAGUGGUCUUGGCGUAUCUAAAACACAAAAAAUAACGUGACUCUUACCUGUAAGUCUAUGACAUAUCAAAGAUCUUGAAAUCGUGAUGAACAUUAUGUCUAGGUUCUUGGAAGAUUAACUUCAUACACGUAACUCUCUUUUCUUGUCAGUUCUUUUCAAAGAGCUUUGUUUGCUCUUGAGUUCAUAAGACUGUUUAUCUGUGUACCUUUUCUUCAUGUUCUCCCUUGUUUGUGAAUAAGUUCAAUAC